UGGUCCGCGAGAUCUUGGCUCCGUCCAGCGUGCAUAUUCGCACCCCUCAACGUCCAGCAACUAUCAUCUGGUCUCAAGCGUAUUGUAGACCACCAAGUCGAGUUCGCAAUGCGCGGAGGCGGACACAUGCCCAUCUCCAACGCAAGCAGCAUCGGCGCUACCGGUAUCUUGAUAACGAGCAAGAACAUGAGAACCCUCCAGCUCUCCAACGACCGAGACACGCUGACCAUUGGCCCUGGACUCCGAUGGUCCGACGUAUACACGACGCUCGACGGCACAGGCGUGACCGUCCUCGGCGGUCGAGGCAGCCCAAUCGGCGUGUCCGGUCUCUUGCUGGGGGGCGGCGUUUCCAUUUUCAGCUACGAGUACGGUCUAGCGUCGACCAACGGCAAUAUCAAGGCAUAUGAGUGCGUCUUGGCUAAUGGCAGCAUCACGCAAGUCACCUCCACAAACGAGCACGCAGAUCUCUUCUGGGCCCUCCAAGGGGGCGGAAACUCGUUCUGUCUAGUUACUCGAUUCGAUCUUCAAACACGCCGCGCCCCGUCCCUGAUGAUCGCGUCGCCCUCGUAUGGCGGCGAAGAGGUCAAGCAACAGUUCAUCGAUAGCGUAUACAACUUCGCCAUCAAAGGGCACAACGAUCCCAAGGCCGCUGUUCUGCCCGUCAUCACCUAUGUCAGCGGGACGGAUGGCCCAACGUACUCCUCAACGCUCUUCUACAACGGAAACACCACUCAGCCGGCGGUCUUGGCAGACUUUCUCGGUACCGUACUCACCCCGGACAAUAGUUCGAGGUCCCUUGCACCGUUUCCCAUGGGGCAAUACCACCAGGCCGUUGUACCAUCGUUCCAAAAGGGAGGUCGCUCCUACGGCUCAAGACAGCGGUUCCACAUGCUCCCCAUCUACGCCAGCAAGCAGGCAAUGCUCAUCGCCCACGACAUGUUCUUCGAGCUCGCAAAAGCCACCUUCAAGGAGACGCGUGGCGGCAUCAUCGGCUUCGCCUUCAACCCCAUCACCUCGGCCUUUCUCGCAGCCACAAACGCCCGGCCGGGUGCGUUGCAGGGCAUCGACGAGUCGCCUGCGUGCUGGAUCGAGCAGACGUACAGCUGGGCAGACGAGGCGGACGACAAAAUCUUUGAUACCUUUAUCAGCGAGUUCAACGCCAGGGUCAGGGAGAGAUUGGAGCCCAUGGGCGCACUGUAUCCGUUCUACUACCUGAACGAGGCAGAUGUCGGCCAGCCUGUCUUUGAGAGUUAUCCCAGGGGAAACCUCGACCGCUUGAAGGAGAUUCGGAACAAAUAUGACCCCGCUAGAGUGUUUACGGAUCUGAUGCCGGGAGGUUUCAAGGUUGCCGCCGCUUGA